AUGGCUAAUUUCGUGUGGUACCACAUCAUCUACCAGUUCGGGGUCCUGGACCAAAAAACUUCUAAUAAUGGCCCUCAGUUCAAGAGCCAACAUGUAGAUUUCCUAGUAAACCAGUUCGGUUUUCCGUGGAAGUACUCGACUAUGUACUAUCCUCGAGCUAAGGGGUUAGCUGAGGCAUUCAACAAGACUUUGUGUGGGGUGCUUCGGAAGUUGAUGUCAAAGUUAAAGAAGAACUGGCACGAUAAGUUGCCUGAGGCUCUGUGGGUCUAUUGCACUACCACUCACAAUGCUACUAAUUCCACCCCUUAUUCCUUGGUCUAUGGGGGUGAAGCGGUCUUACCCCUCGAAAUUAAAAUACCCUCACUCCGUGUUGCUCUACAUCAGGGACUAACUGAGGACGAGAGAGUCAGGCUCCGUUACCAAGAGCUGGAUGCCCUUGAUGAAAAGAGACUAGAGGCCCAACAGAACCUCAAGCUCAAUCAAACAAGAAUGAAGAAAGCCUUUAACAAGUCCAUCAAGGUUCGUUCAUUCACUCUUGGGGACCUAGUCCUAGGAGUCAAGAGACCGAUCGUCAUCCACAGGUGUGACAAAGAAAAGUUCGAGCCUAAGUGGGAGGGUCCAUUCGUAAUCAAGAAGGUUACACCAAGUGGGGUCUAUAUACUUAUGCACUUUGAUGGAGAAGAGGCGUAG